AACUCGAUUCGCUGCAACGCGAUGCGACACUCGCCAGUCGUGACAGUGCACCGUGGAAAUCAUCGCUGCUGCAUUUCGAUAAAUAUUAUCCCUCAGCAGGUGAGAGAACAGUCGAGAGAGAGAGAGAGAGAAAGAGAGAGAGAGAGAGAGAGAGGGAAAAGGAGGACGAAGCUCGAUCGGGAUGGACCGGUGGCCGGUGCGCCUCGCGAUUCUGGGGACAUUGGUCGCGAGCCUACGCGCUGCCGACGACUUUCGACGCAUCUCCUACGAAGGGAUAAUCUCUAUCGGCUGACUCUGACGUCGUUGACGCCGCUCGAACAUGCCUCCUGGCCAGCACCCGAUGACAAGAGCAACACCUGUCAGAACAAGGGCCAGAGCGUCGAGGAUUGCCGCAAUUACGUAAAGGUUCUGCUUACCAAUGGAAAGAGCCUGUUCACUUGCGGCACGUACGCGUUCAGCCCUUGGUGUACGUGGAGGGAGAUCGAGAACAUCAGCAGUGUGACUAGCGAGAUGUCGGGCGCGGCCAUGUGCCCUUACUCGCCGUAUGCCAACGUGACCGCUCUGUUAGCCAGAGGGCCCACCGGCGGCCUUUUCACCGGAACGCCUACUGACUUUUCCAGCGCCGAUCCGGCCAUCUGCAGAACCCUCGCCUCGCCGAAUCUCCGUACGCGCCAAUACGACUCCAGGUGGCUAAACGACCCGCAGUUUGUCGGCAGUUUCGAGACUGAGGAUCACGUGUACUUUUUGUUCCGCGAAUCGGCCGUCGAGUACAUCAAUUGCGGCAAGAAAAUCUACUCGAGGAUAGCGAGAGUCUGUAAAAAUGAUCGCGGUGGUCAAAUGAUGAUGAGAGAGGUUUGGACUACCUUCGGCAAGGCGCGAUUAAAUUGCUCCCUCCCUGGCGAAUUUCCUUUCUACUACGACGAGAUUCAGGGCGCGGUCUAUCAUCCGGAAGAAGGCAUCGUUUACGCGACGUUCACCACGCCCAUCAACGGCAUUGCCGGCUCGGCGAUAUGCGCCUUCAACAUGUCCGCCAUCACCGCGAGCUUCAACGGACCUUUCAAGCAUCAGGAGAAUUCGGGCGCUGCCUGGGAGAGGCGGACCGUCUCUCAUCACAAUCGUCAACGAUGCGGUACUUCCGCGAAUGUGCCACCUCAUCAGAUCAUAGACGAUCAAAGGUACCAGUUGAUGGACGACGCGGUUCGAAGUACGACGCACGAACCGCUGCACACGGCUCUGCUCGAGAGAUUCACGUUGAUCGCUCUCGACGUUACACCCACUAAACUGCAUCGCGGGGUCACCGUCCUCUAUGUCGCCACCGACGUUGGCCUGAUCAAGAAGAUAUCGGUAUUGCCCCGAACGCAAGAGACCUGCAUCGUCGAGGUCUGGGGUCCAUUGCCCUCCACGCCGAUCACCCUGCAGUUCUUGAAAGAUACGCAGAGUCUGUACGUCGGUACCGAAUUCGGUCUGUCCAGAAUACCCGCUGCCCAAUGCCAUCGACAUCGAAGUCGUCAGGCUUGCCUGAACGCGCAGGAGCCGUACUGCGGUUGGAACGAACACCUGAUGAAAUGUGCCCCAGCCCCGAAGCAAAAUCAUCUGGCCAACCACUGGCAUCAGGAGGUGACCAAAUGCCCGGUUCUCACCGAUCCCGUCGAUGGUGGUUGGAGUGCCUGGAGCUCGUGGUCCUCUUGUCAACACGGUACCACGGAACACGCGCACUCUCACUCGCACUCGCAUUCGCAUAUUCACUCCGAACAUACCGAUACGGUUGCGGAUAGCUGUCAGUGUCAAACGCGAGAUUGCAAUAAUCCGCCACCUCAGCAUGGCGGUGCAACUUGCACGGGAGCCAGGGUCAGGGUAACCAACUGUACGGUUCACGGAGGGUGGACCGCCUGGUCAGCCUGGUCGGCGUGCUCGCAAACUUGCGGCUUUGCCAUGAAAACGCGACGGCGUACUUGCACGAAUCCAGCCCCGGCAUUCGGAGGACGGGUCUGCGUCGGUCACGACCACGACGACAUCGUCUGCAUAGAUCUUCCACCCUGUCCCACGCCGGCCAAGAUAGCACCGCCGCCGCAAACUUUCGGCCAGUGGUCGUCGUGGGGUGCAUGGAACGCGUGCUCUCGACUCUGUAACGGUGGUAUACGAAUACGCAGACGAACGUGCGAGAAUCCUUCGCCGCGAAAGUCUACCAACGUCGAGUGCAACGGAUGCGAUUUUCAGGUGGAAGAAUGCAACGCCCAUCAGUGCGUGGAGACAAAGAGAUACUCCGGUUGGACUCCGUGGCUCGCUGCGAACGGCACCGCUCAAAACACGGGCAUCGGUUACGUGGAGAAACGAUUUCGGUUCAGCUGCCGCGCACAGACCGACGAUCCGUCCAGCGUGAGGGUACAACUGGCCAAAGAGGAGGAGCGAUAUUGCAGAAACGACGGUUCUUGUCUGAGAGGAAGCGGGAAUCAGAAUUCUUACGCGGAUCUCGCUAUGGAAGCCGGUUGGAGCGAAUGGUCCGGUUGGCGUGCUUGCGAUCGACUCUGCGGUGGAGGUUCUCAGCACAGGGUGAGACAAUGCGAAUCGCCACCCUGCGAGGGUUUGUCCCUGCAAACCAGGCUGUGCAACGCGCACCCGUGCCGCUCGAGCGCGGUCGGUGGUGGCGCGACAACCGAGGGCCAGUGGUCCCGCUGGACCGACUGGUCCGAGUGCUCCGUCUCGUGCGGCAUCGGCCUGCGUUCCAGAACGAGAGAAUGCCUCGGUCCGGAGAGCUGCGAGGGCUCUAGAUUGGUGAGGGAGACUUGCGAGAUGCCUAGUUGCGAGUCGUUGCUCGGUUGGGAUUCGUGGUCGCGUUGGACACCGUGCGACGACGAUCAUCAACAGCACCGGAAGCGACAGUGCCUUCAGCACGGUAACGGAAUGUGCCAAGGACCCAGCAGAGAGACGCGGGACUGUUUGCCAGAUUGCACGGACAACGACGUGAAUGCUCUACGGUCGAGCGUGGAACAUUCCGGCGUAACGAUCGGCGCGGUGGUGGGCAGUUGCGUGAUCGGAUUUCUCGUUGGCUUAGCCCUGACCGCGCUUUUCAGCUUUUGCUAUCUGAAGCGACGACAGCAACGAAUUCCCGGCAGUCCUCAUUACAUCAGCAAACAAAAUCCCUACGUUACCGUUCCGUUGAAGGAGGUAAACGCUAAGCGGCAGCCGAGCUUCUCCGGUAGUACGAACGGCAAUGGAACGCUUCGCGGAAAGAACAAUCCAAACGUGAACGGUCUUGGAAGUCCGAAACUGUAUCCGAAGAGUCUCGACUACGAAUCCGCUACUUUGAAGCGCAACAGUCACGGCCAGCAGCAUAUUCGAGUGGAUCCGGAUCAGGACAAAUACUAUUGAACGGACAGC